AUGAUGGAAGGCUUCAGGAAUAUUGCCGAUGAGACAUUUCCAAGCUUCUUGGGCCAUUCAUUGAAUAGCAGUGCAAGUGUCAUUUUUGAAAAUGUUACUGUUUCCUCAAACCCUGGCUUACCUGUUGCAGCUUCAACUGUUGUCAGGAGCGAAAUAGGCUGUGACAACAGACUUUCUGAUAUCUGUGCAUCCUAUUUGGAAGGGAAACAUUCACCUCCAUCAGGAUCUUCUCAGAGUAGUCAGUCAGAUCCUGAGCCAAUGGGGAGAUUUGCCCUCAGCUUUCGUGAUGACAUGGAAGUUGCUACAAAAGUUAAAGAACCUCAGACAACUUCUGUUAGUUUGAAAGAAUCCCACCUAGUAUACGGAGAGCAAGAUCAGAAUGUCAUUGAGCAUUCAAAUCGCGGUCAAGAUUUGUCAACUGGAAUAUGUUUUCUUCCAGACAGUAAGAAUAACAAGGUUGAUCCACCUGAACCUUCUGAAAAGCUGAUGGAAGGUGAAAUGUCAAGUGAUCAUCUUAGCAAUAGCCUUUCAAGUUUUUUGGAAAAUGAGAAACUUUCAUCUCUUGCAAGCUCAGAAGAAGAUGCCACUGAUGAUGAUAUCGAUGAUGAAGAGUUCUUUGAUAACCGACUAGAAGCCUAUUUUGAGCAGCUGAUACAACCAGAAAUGAUAAGAGGAGACACUGACAUACAGAAACUCUCAGAAUGCUGUACAGCGCUGAAGCUUUCUGAAGAUGGCUCACUUCAAGAGAACUUUCAGGUUCCUGACACUUACCAGGCUGUAACAGGAGUAGACUCUGGAAAUGCUAGUGACGAAGAUCCACAAAAUCAAGGGAUAACUGGAUGUCCUGUGCAAAGAGAAAUGCUGCCCAGAGCAGUUCAGCAACUGAGUUCCAUGAGUACUGGACAUGUGCUAGAUUCCUGCAGUGCUGCUGAGUUGCGAUUAGAUUCACUGUAUCUUCAGCGCAUCGGCAGCCAUAAAGCUGAUGUCUCAGAUGUUCUUCCAAAGCAAGAAAUAGAGUCCUCAGAGUGUCAUGUUACCACUUCUGAUGCAGAAGUACUACACACAGCAAGAGGAUUUUUUGAGCACUACACCACUCCUCAAGUUCUUCUUAGUGCAAAUAUACCUCAAACAGAUGCAACAGAAUGCGAAGUCGGUCUUGCUGAUACUUACCUGUCUCCAACGACAGACAGCUGUGAGAACAUAAGUUUAACUACAACAGACAAAGGUGAUUUACCACACAGCAUUGUCUAUCAAAAUGAAGAGGGCAAAUGGGUAACUGAUCUUGCAUAUUAUACUUCCUUUGAUGAAGAACAAGAUUUAAAUCUGUCUGAAGAUGAUAAAAUAAAUGAGGAGUUCAUAACUGGAUCUGAAGCAGCAGCUAUGAUUGCACAAGAUCAGGAAGAAUUUGAGAAAGCACACAAACUUGUGCAGGCAGAAAAAGUAGACAUUCUAAGUGCAUCUGAAUUAGCAGAUACUUCAUGGAAAUCUGCCAAUAGCUGCAUUCUGUUGAAAACAUCUGAUCUUGAUAAAGAUGCCAGUUAUUUACGUUUGUCUUUGGGGGAAUUCUUUGGUCAGAGAUCUGAAGCUCUUGGUUGUCUUGGUGGAGGCAGUGAUGUGAAAAGGCCAUCUUUCGGUUACUAUAUUACAUCUCCGAAGAAAAGGCAACCUGUUGCUUUGCUAAGGCAAUCUGAUUCAUCAGGAGGUGACACCGGCCAAGAGAUUUCGCAGUUGUCUGAGGUGUUUCCAGAUGACUUAGAAGCACAAACAAAAGAACAUGCAAAUUAUACUAGCUGUGAAGAUGCAUGGCAUAGGAUGGAUACUUCAGCUGGAAUACAUAAAAGCAUUAAUACAGAAGCUGCUACCAAAAGUAAAGCAAAGGAUGAAAUUCAGACGGAAAAGUUUGAAGACGGCUUAUCUAAUCAUUCUGACUCUGUCCGGAGUAUUAGCACGAUUGCAUCUGCUAUUGCUAAUGCUUCCUCCAGUGAUGAUCCUUCCCAGCUAGCUGCUAUGAUGAUGGCACUCUCUAAUAAAAGUAAAAGAACAUGUUUCCUUCCUGGCAUUGCUAAAGAGAUGGAACUGUCUGCUAAUCAGGUAUUAUCCAGCAAUGUGGAAAAUAGUGCAUUUGAUAUGGAAAAAUACCUCAAAAAAACAGAUGAGAUUGGACAUGAAAGUGAAUAUGAGAGUAUUGUGAAACAUGAAGCAUCCGUCCAGAACCUUAUGCCUGAUACCUUUUUACUGGGUAAAGAUAAAAAUAAAGAUACUCUUGCAGAAGAGUUUACAAAUAAUCAUGGCAAGCAGCAAGAAAUAGAGAAGCAAUUUCUGGAUUAUUUUAAUGAAGAAAACAAUACUCAGAAUUUCACUAAUCUGUCUGGUGUUCCCAACCAUGAACAUGUAACGGCAAAUAGUGUUAAAUAUACAGAAAAGUUGUCAGAUUUAGUAAACAGUAAACAUCUACAGUCAGUGAAUGCUGAUCUUGGAUCAGAUACGCUUGAUACCCAAACCUCACCUACUGGAAGUGAAGCACAGAUGUGUGCAAUUCCUUUAGGAGCAAAAAUGGAAGUGGCACAGAAAAGUCUGCAUACUUACCAGACGAAUGAUCUCACUAGUAGAUGCUGUAUUAGGGGAGACACAGAAACAGUAAAUCAAAUAACAAAUGUUCCUGAACCAUGUAAUGAUUUGAUGGAGAGAAGUACAGGAAAUACUCUGUUACUCAGCAACUUAAAACCUGCCAAGCAAUCUAGUAAAUAUGUCUCAGUAAGUCCUACAAAAGCAAAGCCAAUGCAGAAACUGAACAAUGAUGAAAAGACGCAAAAUGCAAAAAUAGAGAAGAGAAACAAAGAUGCCAGUACUGCUUGCGGUGGGAAUGUGAAACAUGUAACUUUUGAGAAGCUCUCCCCAACUUCCCAGAAAAGUACUGAGCAUAAAUCCAUUGUACCUGAAUGUGACUUCCAGCCUCUGGAGGAUGAGCAGUAUAGCUUCAGACCUUCGACUUCACCACUAAUUCACUCUUCUCCUAGUGAGACUUCUGGAACAGCAUUUUCAGGGUCUGAAACUGACUUUACUUGCACGUCACAUUAUCAGGAGUCUUCUUGCAAAGAGAGUGUACUACCUCAGUCAGUUUUCUCAAGUCCUAGCAUGAGCAGAUUAACAUAUGUCUCUGCAUCUGACAGUACCCUUAAGAACACAGCUUUAAUACAUAAUCCGGAGACAUACUGGGGUGAAAAUGCUAGUGAACUGAGCACAACAAUAAUUCGAGCCAGCCCAACUCCUUCGCAGGAACAUAAAAAUGAAAAUCUAGACGACCACCCAUGUCAAAGAAAUAGAAAUGAAGCACUGCUUAGUAUUGACCAGAAAUCAGAAGAAAAAGAACUUCUUCAAAGAAAACUUGAUGAUGUACUGGGUCAAGAACUGUCCAAAGAAGGUUUUCCAAAGAAUGAAAAGCAGCACGCAUCUAUUCCUUCAAAUGUAGCAGCAAGUCACAAAGAGCUAGACCAUGUUAAAUCGGCUUUACCAAGUAAAUUCUGCAUCUUUCAGCCACUUUCUGUUAAUGUUGAUGCGCAAGAAGUGUGGCAGGAUCAAACAAGCAAAGCACAGAGACAAGGAUUGCCUUCCUUGAAUAUGUUACCGGUAUAUCCUGGAUUAAGCACUUACAUGCCAUUCAGUCAAAACUCAUCUGGUGAACAGUAUGUUCCUAUUUCAAGCUUUAAAUCCCAUGUCACUACCUCUGAGAGUCAAGCAAUUUCUUCUGUUCCCACGUUGCUUACAGAACGUUCUCUUGCAACAACUCCAUUUGCACAACAGCAUCUGGGAAAUAUACCAUCUACUGGAAAUACAGUUUUGUCUCAGUUUCAUGGCUGCAGCUCUGCAGGUUUUGGUCUUCCAGGAGGGCUUCCUUGUUCUGGUAUCCCAGCAGGACAUGUUGAGAAUCCACUUAUGGCAGGAAUUCCUUUAGGUCCAAAUAUUGGUCCUGGCUCUUUGGGUGCAGCUUCACUUUGUAAUACACAGUCUUUUUCCUGGAACAAGAAUAUCUUAAACAUAAAAUCCUGUACUGGACAACCUCUUGGAGGUAGAAAUGAGUGGGAGUUGCUGAAGUCACCUGGUAUUGGACAUGUGAAAGUACCAGAAGAAUUGAAGUUCCCUAAUGCCUGUUGCGUGGGAAUUGCAUCACAGACGGUUCUUAGCAUUUUUAAUCCAACUGAACGGUGGUUGCAGGUCAGCAUUGGAAUACUCAGUGUUUCAGUUAAUGGGGAAAAGAUGGAUCCUGUGAAAUAUCAAUGUCUGGUUUUCAAGAACAAAACCAUCGUAGGAUCCUAUUCUACCAAUGAUCUGAAAAUACUUUUCUUACCUUGUCAUUCGGGGAUCUUUCAGUGUAUCCUCAAUGUUUCAUCUUGGCCAGUUUCUGCAGAUGCUGAGACAAUUGUUCAGGCAGAAGCUUUGGCAAGUAGGGUAGUUCUGACAGCAGUCGCUGAAAAUCCUAAUUUAGAGGUGGAAACAGGAAAAAGAGAUUAUCUGGAUUUUGGUGACUUGACUUCUGGCAGUUGGAAAGCUCUUCCACUAAAACUUAUCAACAAAACCCAUGCUUUUGUGCCAAUUAGACUUAUUAUUAAUGCUAAUGCAGUAGCUUGGCGUUGCUUCACGUUUUCCAAGGAACCAGUUAAUGCUUCUAAUGAACAAUCGCUUCAAACAGAUGCAGUUUCUCAGAUAGCAGCUCCGUCAGUCGUAAAUCAUGUGAUACAUGCAAGCUAUGAUGGGCAAGAUCCGGAAGCUUUAACAGUUUGGGUUCUGUUCCAUGCACCUAAGAAACAAAUUUCUUGUUCAGAUUCCUUGGGUCCAGCAGAUGAAUUCUUGGCAAGAGUUGAUGUGGAAGUGGAUAGUCCAGGACCUAGCAGUGUAAUUAAAAGUAUUCCUCUCCGAGCAAGAGCUGGAACAGCAAGGAUACAUGCUCCGAAGGACUUACAGACAAUGUAUCUGUCUACUAGUGUGGGUUCCACAGCCAAACAGCAGCUGCCAUUGAAAAAUGCUGGAAACAUUGGUGUAUAUUUGAAAGUUAAGACAUCAAAUCAGGACAGCUGCUUUGCUGUUGAACCUGGGGAUCUUUUCCUUCUUCCUGGAGAAGAACGAGAAGUGACUGUCCUGUUUUUUCCAAAAAACGUAAUGACUACAGAAAGUACUUUGAAAAUCCUUGUGCUGCCAUCUGGGCCUCAGUAUGAAGUGGUGAUAAAAGGUGAGGUGGAGUCUGAGGAGAAUAAACCUGUGUCUACAGCUGCUGGCUGCUCAGACAUCCCACCCAUUCUCUCCAACAAGCAGUUCAUUGCCUGGGGAGGAGUAACACUUGGAGCAUCUGUCCAGCAGAAGUUAACUCUAAGAAAUGACUCUCCAUCUGUGACCCAGCAUUUAAGACUGUUGAUAAGAGGCCAGGAUCAAGACUGCUUUCAGCUGCAAAGUAUAUUUGGAUCAGAAGAACGCUUAACUAGUAAUUGGGAACUCAAAAUCCGUCCCAAAGAAGAUACUAACAUAUACUUGAUGUUUACACCUACUCGAAUAACUUGCUUUUUUGCGAAGCUGGAAAUCAAACAGCUGGGGAUUCGAUCACAGCCAGGAAUUAAGUUUAGUAUACCGUUAUCUGGAUAUGGAGGAACAAGCAGUAUAACUUUAGACAACGUUAAAAAACUGUCAGAUAGUUACAUGGUAACACUGGAUGGACUACUGCCUGCAAGAUUAAGGAAAGCUUCCUUCUGCUUAAGAAAUACAGGUUCUCGGGCUGCCUAUGUUAAAGCACUGUGCUUUGCAAACCUACGGACAAAAACAGUUAUGGAUCCUCAGGUAAUGAUGGUAUCUCCAGAGAAGUUUGUACUAAAAGAAGGAACACAUGAAGUGAUUACUAUAACAUGGAAUCCAAUGGAAAAGGAAAAGAACUUCCAUAAAACAAACACAUUGGUAUCAACAGUAUGUUUUUUUUGUGGAGAUGAAGUUUCUAGGCAGCAGUAUCGUAGAGCUAUGAUGUAUAAACCUGAGGUGGAAAAACACAUAAUCCCAGAAAAGAGCUUAUUGAGAAAUAUUGUAUUUGAUGAAGAAUUUCAAGGGGAGCAGCUUGUGACAGAAGUAUGCGAUAUCCCACGGGGGACAAAUGAUAUCCAUCUUUUCUACGCAAAUAUGCGAAAGGUUAUCCUUUCUGUGGUUGGAUAUUCCACUUUUGAUCAGGACGGAUGUCAUCAGUCUCCUGGACGUCAUUUGGAAUCAGACAGAUUGGAGAACUCUGUUCGACAUAUCAGUGCAACUUUGGAUGUUCUUCCUGUUAAAGGACCUCAGGGUCCUCCAUUACCUGUAAAAACUGAUAAUCUGGUUCAGAAUAAAUCAGAUGCUCAACAGACUUGGGCUGUUAAACCUGAGUACUUGACUUUGACAUCUCCUUCUAUUAGUGGAACAGCAGACACUGGACAUGUACAAGUGAUCAACCAUUCUAACAGGAUGUUGACAUUUGAGCUUUCAUGGCCAGCUCACUGCCUUACCAUAACCCCACAACAUGGAGUGAUUGAACCAGAGAGCAGUACACUAAUUCUGGUGAGUCCUAAUCCAUCACUUGCCACAAAGCCUUCAUUAAUUCCUUGGAGUGGCCUAAUCUAUAUCCAUUGUGAUAGUGGACAAAAGUUUAUUAAAGUGCAGAUUCGAGAGGCAGUCACAAAGAGUGUGUCUGGAGCAGACUUUCCAUCUAGAAGACGUGAGAUAUUUACUCCACAGUCUGAAGGUCCUACCGUUCAUGUGGCAAAACCUCUCUCAGUGCUUCCUCUAACAAAAAUGGAAAUAAAGAACAGAACCAUUGUUUUUCCUAAAACCAGACCUGGCCAAAGCUCAGAGAGUUACCUGGAAAUGGAGAAUAAAGGGGAUGAAAACGUGAAGUGGCAUUUGUCAUCUUUUGCACCACCCUAUGUUAAAGAUGUGGAUGGAACUGGUUGUGUUUAUAGGGUUACUUACUCUGCAUUCCGAUGUUCUCAUGUCUCUGGUACUCUUGAAGCUCACGGAGAAGAGAAGGUUGCUGUAAUCUUCUUACCUAGAGAUAAAGGGGAUUACUCCCAGUUCUGGGACCUUGAGUGUCACCCAGUUGAAAAACCUAGUUGGAAACACAAAUUAAGAUUUCAACUUUCUGGAGCAGGUACUAAAACAGAAAAUGAAACUUCAAUUGUGAAAACUUCUGCAAGCGCCCUCACAAAAACUGAGCUUCCAAUUAUACCAGAAAUGAAAGUUUACUCUGAAGCAUGUACAAUUAAAGCAGGGCAAAAUGAGAUAAUUCGAGGGGUAUAUGCACCAGAAGACCUGUACACUUUUCCCCCAACUAGAGUUGGGGAAUCAUGCACAUUAAAGGUCAACUUGCGGAAUAAUUCCUUUACGACACACUUGCUGAAAUUUGUAAGUCCCAGAGAGCCUUUCUACAUCAAGCACUCGAAAUACUCUCUAAGAUCCCAUCAUUACAUCAAUGUUCCAGUCCAGUUCAAGCCAAAGGCAGAAGGAAAAUUUGAAGGUCUCUUCAUUGUGCUGACGACCAAAUACGGCUCAGUUAAUAUUCGGCUAUGUGAGGAUUCUUGGUUGUAG